AUGGCAGAAACUGCAGUAUCAUUUGUUUUACAAGAACUAGGCCAAUUUGUAAUAAAAGAAACUAGCCAAUAUACAGUAGAAGAAAGAAAUUCAGUAGCAGGGAUUGAAAGAGACUUCAAUGAUAUCAAAGAUGAACUUGAGAGCAUCCAAGCCUUCCUCAAGGAUGCAGACACAAAGGCUGCUGAUGAUGAUGAUGGAUCCAAUGGAGUCAAAACUUGGGUGAAGCAGAUUGCUUCUAAGAUUCAAGACAUCAAGUUAUCACUUGGUAGAAUCAAAGAAAGAAGUACAAGGUUCGAGUUUCUGUCUGAAAAUGAAGCAGGAAGGACUAAAGCUCCUAGAAUUGGUGACCCUCGAAUGGCUCCGUAUUUCAUUGAAGAGACUCAAGUUGUAGGAUUUGAGUCCGCGCGAGAUGAAUUGGUCAGAUGCUUGGUGGAGGAAAACAAUGAGCUCAUGUUGGUUGCUGUGGUUGGCAUGGGAGGACUCGGGAAAACUACUCUCGCAAAGCAUGUUUUUGAUAGCCAGCUAGUGAAAAAGAAAUUUGAUUGUAGAUCUUUCAUCACUGUUUCGCAAUCGUACACCAUCAGAGAGCUGUUGACAGAAAUGAUAAAGAAAUUUUGCAAGGACAGCAACGAGCCUAUUCCAAGGGGUCUGCAGAAUAUGGAUGAUGAAACUUUGAUUAAUCAAGUGAGACAAUACCUUGAGUCAAAAAGGAAAUCUUUUCCUGUUCAUGUCCAUGAGCUACAACGUUUGCCUCCAGACAAAGCAUGGGAGAUGUUUUGCAACAAGACGUUUAGAGGGCACUGUCCAACAGAACUUGAGGAGAUGUCCAGAGAAAUUGUUCAAAAAUGUGGAGGGCUACCAUUAGCUAUUGUGGCCAUCGGUGGUCUUUUGUUAACAAAAGCUAAAACCCUCAUUACAGCUACUCAAAAUCACGAAUAUCCGUCAACACAAAGACAUCAUAACACUCACAAACAACACAAAGAAUCAACGGAUAGCAGAAACUGA